ACUUUAAUCAGCUGACUGCAGGGUGCAUGCGUGUGAAAGAAAUACGGAAGUGAAAGUAUUAGCUCCUGCGUGAUUCGACUUUUGCAUCUAGGAUGGGCUUCAGGAUGGUUGCUGUCUGGGAGCUGCACCCUCUUUUUCUGCUGCUCCUCCAGUUGGAGAUGAGCUUGACCGCAGACUUUCUGCAAACACAGCAGUGGCCGGUGCCUUACAGGCGUUUUGAUUCCCGCCCAAAAACAGAUGCUUACUGUCAAGCUCGUUACACUUUCUGCCCAAGUGGCUCUGCCAUUCCAGUGAUGAGUGACGAAGAUGUCCUUGAGGUAUAUCGAUUACAGGCUCCUGUCUGGGAAUUCAAAUAUGGAGAUCUCCUUGGUCACAUGAAAAUCAUGCAUGAUGCUGUUGGUUUCAAGAGCUCCUUAUCUGGAAAGAACUACACAGUGGAAUGGUAUGAACUCUUCCAGCUAGGGAACUGCACAUUUCCACAUCUACGACCUAAUUUGCUUGCACCUUUCUGGUGUAACCAGGGGGCUGCCUGCUUUUAUGAAGGAAUAGAUGAUGCUCACUGGAAGGAGAAUGGAACCUUGGUUCUGGUGACCACAAUCUCAGGAGCUAUAUUUAAUCAAAUGGCAAAAUGGGUGAAAUAUGACAAUGAAACUGGCAUUUACUACGAAACGUGGACAGUCAAAGACAGGCCAGACGAGCAUGCCAGAGUGUGGUUUGAGUCUUACGAAUGUUCCAAGUUUGUACUGAGGACAUACCAAAAACUAGCUGAACUGGGAGCCAUUUUCAAGAAGAUACAAACUAAUUAUACAACUCUUACUCUCUUUAGUGGUGAGCCCACCCUCUUUGGAAAUGAAACAUCUAUAUUUGGAGCUCAUGGAAACAAAACACUAGCUCUAGCCAUCAGAGACUUCUAUUCUCCAUUUAAACCUUAUCAGUCAGUCAAAGAGUUCGUUCUAAAUCUCUUGAGAAUAUUUGAUGAAGUGGUUCUGAACCACCAGUUUUACCUCUUUUAUAACUUGGAAUAUUGGUUUUUGCCUAUGAAAUAUCCUUACAUGAAAAUAGCCUAUGAAGAAAUCCCAUUACCUAAUACAAACACCACAAAGCAUAGCAUCCAGUUUUCCUUAUAACUUUACAAACCCAGUAUCUUUUUUGCUAAUGGUAUCCUAAGAGAGAUCUAGGAAGUAUUUCAGGUUGAUGAAGAUGGCUGAAACUACUGGGAGAUACCUGGUUUUUACCAAUACUGAAAAGGUUCCUGUAGGGAAAUAAAGGCAACAUCUGACUCAA